AUGACGUUACAUGGCCACUCCUUCCCCGCCGGCACGGUGGUGAGUUCAAAUGCAUACUGCCUCCACCGGAACGUUGACGUCUUCCCAGAGCCACUGGCGUGGAAGCCGGAGCGGUGGCUAGGCGGCAAAGAGGAGGUAGCGGAGAUGAAGAAGUGGUUCUGGGCGUUCGGGAGUGGCGGGAGAAUGUGUCUGGGAAGUAGUUUCGCCAUGAUUAUUCUCAAGCAGACCUUGGCGGGUGUGUAUAGGGAGUUUGAGACGGAGGUGGUGGAUGAUGAGGGAAUUGAGCAGGGGACGACGUUUAUUGCGAAGCCGAGGGGGGAGAGGUUGAUUUUGAGGUUUGGGAAGGUUGCGGGCGAGGGGGAGUGA